CGCUCUCCCGCAUUACUCGUUCAGAUCGGAGAAGCAAUAGCUGUCCUCAGGCACUGGCGUGUUGUCGGUUAGUUGGUAGGAGGCUCGCCCCGAACACAUUCUACCUGUAAAUCGCCUAUCUGAGCCAAACACUCUACUGCACGUGGUUGUUUGUCCGCUCCUUUCCGCUGCUGCCUGGGACCCGCAGGUCGCAUGUGCCAAAGUCACUGGUACAGUUGUUAGAACAAUGGCAGCCGCUGAGGCCGCUCCUCAUUUUGGAGCAGAGUUGAAGGAUGCCUUCAAGCCAGUCAACAAUUGGGUUUCCAAUGGCAUUGCUUGGAUGGAGGAGGUGCAACAGUUCUAUCGAGAACGGAGCGCGAUUGAAAAGGAAUAUGCGGCGAAGCUCACGGCUCUCUGCAAGAAGUACUAUGAUCGCAAAGCUAAGAAGAUUAGCCCGCUGAGUGUCGGAGAUAACCCUACAAUGACUCCUGGAUCUCUCGAGAGCGCCUCACUUACGACUUGGUCGACACAAUUGGCAGCGGUGGAAGCGCACGCCGCAGAGCGGGAUAAGUUCGCAACGGACCUGGUAGCUCAGGUGGCAGAACCAUUGAAACAGUCUGCGGUUCAGUAUGAAGAGCUACGAAAGUGCCAUGUCGAUUUUCACGGAAAACUUGAGAAGGAGCGCGAGUCCAGCUUCAGUGACCUGAAGAAAGCUAAGGGCAAAUAUGACGGAGCCUGUCAAGAAGUCGAAAGCCGGAGAAAGAAGAUGGAGAGUGCCUUCGACCACGGAAAGACGAAAGCUCAGACAGUGUACCAGCAGCAAAUAAUGGAGAUGAACAACGUUAAGAACACAUAUCUGAUUAGCAUAAACGUGACGAACAAGUUGAAGGAGAAAUUUUUCCAUGAAUAUGUUCCCGAGCUGCUUGAUGUGAGUCACAUAAAGUUAAUUGACGCGAAUCUUGGCUGA